CGAAAUUAUACGUCCACUACAAGGGUAAUAAAGUAAAACUAACUAUGGCGUCUGCCUAUCUUGAGGUAUAUAAAAAAAAUACAUAUUUCUCCGUUAAACUCUUCAACAAUCAAGAAUCUAGAACAAGAACCAAUAUUUUCCCCAAAUUUUUAUAUACCCAGAUUAACCCAUUGCUUCUCGAGGUGGAACUCAUUAGUAAAAAUGUGUGGCGGUGCGAUCAUAUCCGAUUUCAUAGCACCUACGGCGAACCGGUCUCGCCGGCUGACUACCGACCUUUUGCGGAAGACUGAGUUUGUAAAGAACCCUAGCAAAUGCUACUCGAAGCCCAUACGAUCUGAGAUCUUUGAUGUUGAAGAUGAAUUUGAGGCUGCUUUUCAAGGAUUUAAGGACGAAAUCGAUGCCGAAGUUGUUGAGCAUUUUGUUAGCCCUUCAAAUUUGUCUGUCUCCAAAGGCUCUGGCUCAAAACCUGUGAAGUCCGAUAAUGAACCGGAGAAAUCAAGUUCAAGGAAAAGGAAAAACCAGUACAGAGGGAUCCGUCAACGCCCAUGGGGCAAAUGGGCGGCAGAGAUCCGUGACCCGAGGAAAGGCGUUCGUGUGUGGCUUGGAACUUUUAAUACUGCUGAAGAAGCUGCUAGGGCUUAUGAUGAAGAGGCAAGAAGGAUCCGAGGGAAGAAGGCAAAGGUGAACUUCCCAUUAGAAGAGAAACCACAAGUUAACCCUAUUGCUGCUGCUACUACUAUGGGGAUUAAACCCAAACCAUCUACUCCAUCUGAGAGUGCAGCUGCUGUCUUUCACUUCAAUUCUGAUCAGGGGAGCAACUCUUUUGGUUGUUCUGACUUUGGUUGGGGGGAGCAUUGUGUAAUGACUCCUGAUAUUACAUCUGUUUUCUCAGAGGUUGAUGAUGUGAAUCCUGCUAAAAAACCUGAAAAGCUCAAGAUGAUGGAAAUGCAGUGGAUCUUUGGAGCUUUAAUGAUCUUCCUGUCAUUAUGGAUGGAUCUUUCUAAUCAACUAUGUAUUUGUUGGCGAAUGGAUAAGCAUGCUUAA